UAUAGAAUCUCAGUCGUACGAAGCGACAACCCUUCACCGCGAACGCCAUGUGUGGUGGGCUAAACAAUAUCGCGUCUGCCUCUAACAGAGCAGUCAUCCGCGGAAAGCAGUUUCUCGACUCGUCGACAAACAAAAAUGGAGCGCUUGCCACGAUGCUGACUUCUAGACGAUUCCACGUCACACCGACGCUGUUCAGGGUUACUGCAGACAGGAAUACGCCGUCAGCGGCAAAUGAGAGGGCUACCAGCUCCUCGACUUCGUCCACAUCACCAAGACUGGAAGCUUCUGGCUCCAUCCCGUCGCCCUCAUCAGCAAGACUGGACGCAGCCUGCUCCACUUCAUCAUUCUCCACACUUUCGCACGACAAAGCCAUGCCCUCAUUCUCCGGUUUCUUCGUCGCUGUGAAAACAUGAGAGUGUUCAUUUGUACGUUAAAAUUUCGGACUGACCUCAGACUGGUCCUAACGAUAAAUUGUUCGCUGCACCUAACAGCGAAAUCUAGAUCGUCGACACGACGUUCUUACAUGAAACCUGUAGAUCUGAU